AUGUCGCUCUACUACGAAACCGCGACGAUCCUCGAGAACCCCGACAAGAUCGGCGGCUCGUUCAAGGCGCGCAUCUUCAAGAAGAAGGACUUGAAGAGCAAGCCGGGGCAGAUCUAUGCGCUUGUGGCUGAAGCGUCCAAAUGGUCGAGGGUCUUGAAGGAUGUGAUUGAAAAGUGUGGGGUUUUGGAGGAGGAGAGGAAGCUGACGCCCAUCCUCGCGCUCCUCCUCACCCACGAUCUCCUACUGAGCAAGUCGGGUGUCGCAGCACACAAAGAUCACGUCCUGCGCCUCGCGAUCACACGGCACAAAGCGCGUCUCAGCGCCGAGUUCACUAAGGCGCGCAUACGACACGGAUUCCCCACGCUCGAAGCGUUCAGAGAAGCGAUCAACGCCGGCGACCUUGACUCCGAUGAUAGCGAGGAAGGGGAGAAGAGCAGGCAUCCAAGAUGGGUGAGGGUGAACACCAUCAAGAGCUCUCUGAAAGAGCAGUUGCAGUCGACCUUCAAGGGAUAUGAAAAGGUGGAAAGCAUUGGGGAGAUCCUCACAGCGCGCGGCUCACGCAAGAUCUACUGCGAGGACCCAAAUAUUCCAAAUUUGCUUGCGCUGCCGAGCAGGAUCGAUCUGGGUAAAACACCGAGCUACACGAAAGGCGACAUCAUCUUCCAGGACAAAGCGUCCUGCUUCCCUGCAUACCUUCUCGGUCUGCUAGAGCAAGACGGCGACGUAAUCGACGGUUGCGCAGCCCCAGGCAACAAAACCACCCACGCCGCCGCCAUCGUCUCUACCCAAGACCCAGGGGGCGAGCGGAAAGUCAUAGCCUUCGAGCGCGACAAAGGCCGAACCGAGAUCUUGAAGAAAAUGGUCAAGCUCGCUGGCGCAGACCAAAUUGUUACAGUGAAAGGCGCAAGUGACUUCAUCGCUGCGAAACCUAACUCUCCGGAUUAUGAGAACGUGGGUGCGAUUCUCCUCGAUCCGAGCUGCUCGGGCACGGGCAUUGUGGGCCGCGACGACGCGAUCAAAUUGCAUCUCCCCUCUUCUAGCACAGAGUCCACCAAAGCUCAAGGCGCCGGGAGCAGGAAGAAUAAGAAGCGCAAGCGCGGCGCCGACAAGGCCGACGAUAAACCCACAGCAGCAGAGUCCAAGGAAGAAAUGACGCUCAACCUCGACGAAACGACCGCGGAAGAAGUCCCCCUCGACGCCGCGGACAAGCUCACCGAACGCCUCACUGCGUUGUCGACGUUCCAACUACACAUCCUCACUCACGCAAUGCGCUUCCAGAACGCAAGGAAGAUUACGUACUCGACGUGCUCGAUCCACUUCGAAGAGAAUGAGGGCGUGGUGUUCCAAGCGCUCGCUACGUCCGUGGCGAAGGAGCGCGGGUGGCGCGUUCUUAGGCGUGAGGAGCAGGUUGAGGGCUUGAGGAAGUGGGGAAGGAGAGGGCAGUGGGAGGAUGGCAAGUUGAGUGGGUCUGUUGUUGAUGAGAAGAGCAAGGGGGGUGUGCUGGAGGGAUGUAUCAGGUGUGAUAAGGGGACUGAGGAGGGGACGAUGGGUUUCUUUGUCGCUGCUUUUGUCAGGGAUGGUGAGAGCAAGGUUGUGGCGAGGGAAGGAGAUGAGAUGGAAGAGGAUGUGCGUAAGCCGGCGGCUCCGACGGAAGAACAGGAUGGUGAUGAGGAAGAGGAUUGGGAUGGCUUCAGCGACGAUGGCAAGGUAGCUGAGCUCAAAGCCAAGGCUGACGAAGUGAUCGAAAAGAAGCCUCAGGCGGCGCCGGAGCCCGAGAAGAAACGUAAGAACAAGAAAAGGAGGACGGGGAAGCAGUAAGCAUGGCGUGCCUUCUGUCCUCGAAAUCGCAGGGAGUGCAACGACC